AUGCGUCGUUAUAUUAUACCAACGUGCCUAAACGACUUCCUGGAUGCUCUCAACAUCAAAAGGCAAAACGUUGCGGGCGUUUUCACUAAUUUACCCAUUUACCAAUUUAAGUUUGCCGUUUCAAAACUGUACCGACUCUUUAACGAAGUACGAAAUCGAAAGAAGAAAAUCGCAGUUUCAGAAGUGCACGUUUGGCUGGUGUGUUGCAUGUGCAGUCGAUGUAUCGAGCCAUCCGGCGCUUGGAGUGCUGCCAGCGUAUUGUCGCCAAUAGUGUGCCAGGGCUCCGGCGGGUCGACGACACCGGACACGUCCCCUCACUGUGAUACCAACAAUACUCAGAAAGCGAUACCUAGACACAUACCAGAUGGCACCCCUGAACUGACAAAUAGUGUAAUAAACAGCCCAAAUGAAAGUGAUCACUUCACAUCCGUCUGCCGAUAG